CUAAGCUCAAGCCACACGCGACACCAAAAUUUCCCCCACGCCUCGUCAAGUCGCAGCCUUGCCUUGCCAUAAGUCAACACUACCGACAUUCGCACGCCCUUCCAAACAGUCUCCAAACUCGAUCACACAGUGAACCAAAUCCAAGCAACUUCAUUUCUGAACCCGAGGUAACGGCCCCAAAUCCAAGAUGCGGCUCACCGCCGACCUCAUCCGGGAUUCCCUAUCCUACCUCAACCCGCUCAAGGAGCGAGAGCUUGAUCUUCGAGGCCACCGAAUUCCCGCGAUUGAGAACUUGGGUGUCGCUGGCCCUCACGAUGCCAUCGACUUCACAGAUAAUGACAUUCAAGUACUGGGAAACUUUCCCUUGUCGCCUCGCAUAACGACCCUUCUCCUCGCACGAAACCGCGUCUCAAGCAUUCAGCCCUCUCUGGCUAAGGCCAUUCCAAACCUUGCCAACCUGGUGUUAUCGUCGAACAACCUGACAGAGCUUGCGGAUUUGGAUGCGCUGGCGUCAUUUCCCCGCUUGACGCACUUGGUACUGUCGGAUAACCCCGUUUCCAAGAAGGAGAACUACCGAUACUGGGUGCUAUGGAAGUGUCCUUCCGUGCGGUUUCUUGACUUCGAAAAGGUCAAGGAAUCCGAGCGGGAGAAGGCUCGCGAGCUCUUCGGAACUGAAGAAGAGCCAACUGCUCUGGCUUCAAAGAUCCAGGGUAUCAAGACCACAACCUUCAACACCUCGACUGACGGCUCGGACGCGCCCUCCAAGCUUUCCCGAAUAAAGCUGACGGACGCCGAGAAGAAGCGACUACAGGAGCGUAUCAAGAAGGCUACCAGCCUACAGGAGAUUAUCGCGCUGGAGAAGGAGCUGAACGAGGGACGUCUGCCUUCUGGUAUUCACGGAGAUGCCAUGGAGGAAUAAAUCUUUACAUCUAUGAUGGCUAUGUACCACUUGUUUUGGGGGUUGCAGAAAAAAUAUUAUGAUUAUUUCGCUCUCGCAUUAUGGCUAUCACCCCAUACUAAGA